AAGCCCUCGGAUCCUUCCUUGAAUCCAGCAAACAUCCCGGCUUGUAUUAUUUCAUUUAUCCCUCCUUUGCGAAUAUUGCAGCCUCUGCUCUCAUAGGUUCUCCUGCCAGGAUGGAGCUGCAUCAGCUGAUGAGAAAUCCCCUUUAUAUCACCCAUCGGUGAGCCAAAGAGGCUCCCAUUGAUGCUGUGUGCCGGAGAGGCUUGAAAUCCUAUUGAUCCCAAUGGGGGAUUGCCUGGAUUCCUAUUGAGUCUCCUUGCCGGGCACUUGCAGACCGUGAGAUCCGGAAGAGAAUAAGUGUUUUCCGGCUGAUGUGCCCAUCAUCAAUGGAUUUGGAGCAGAAAGGGAAGGAAAAUAAAUCCGUCAUCUCCCCGAAUUGAGCAUAGCUUCGCAUUGUUUUCAUUGGAACCAUGGAGAAUAGCAGCAAGUUGGAGAGCCCCAUAAACGUGUCCCUGGAUGCCACCGUGGGUCUUCUGCAAUACAAGGUGGUCUCGGUCUUCCUGGUCUUGGGCAUCUGUGUGGUGGGCAUCGUGGGCAACGUGAUGGUGGUGCUGGUGGUGCUGACGGCCCGGCACAUGCGGACGCCGACCAACUGCUACCUGGUCAGCCUGGCCGUGGCCGACCUGAUGGUGCUGGUGGCCGCCGGGCUGCCCAACGUGUCCGACAGCCUGGCCGGGAGCUGGGUCUACGGCCUGGCCGGAUGCCUCGGCAUCACCUACUUCCAGUACCUGGGCAUCAACGCCUCCUCCUGCUCCAUCACGGCCUUCACCGUGGAAAGGUACAUUGCCCUCUGCCACCCCAUCCGGGCCCAGACGAUGUGCACGGUCUCUCGCGCCAAGCGCAUCAUCGCCUUGGUCUGGGCGGUCACCUCGCUCUACGGCCUCAUCUGGUUCUUCCUGGUGGACAUCGCGGUCAACGCCGGCCAGCGGCUGGAGUGCGGCUACAAGGUCUCCCGCAACCUCUACCUGCCCAUCUACCUGCUGGACUUUGCCCUCUUCUUCGUCACCCCACUCGCCCUCGUCACCGUCCUCUAUGUGCUCAUCGGGAAGGUCCUCUUCCACAGCCCUGUCUUGCCACAGGUGGCAACCAUAAGAGAUGGCCAGGACGCCGACCAGAACCGGACCGCCGGACCAAGAAGCACGGCCUACGUCUCCUCCAGGAAGCAGGUGACCAAGAUGUUGGCGGUGGUGGUGGUGCUCUUUGCCCUGCUCUGGAUGCCCUACCGGACCCUGGUGCUGGUCAACUCCUUCGUGGCGCGGCCCUACCUGGACCGCUGGUUCCUCCUCUUCUGCAGGCUCUGCAUCUACACCAACAGCGCCAUCAACCCCAUCGUCUACAACGCCAUGUCCCAGAAGUUCCGCCUGGCCUUCAAGGGCCUCUGCAAGUGCCGGAAGGAGGCACAACCGAAGCGGAGGGCCAGCUCCUGUCUGGCCACCAGUGGAUCCAGUGUCCAGAAGGAGGUCGGUGUCCAGCGGCUGGAGAACGCCAAGGCUGGAGAAGCAGAGGAGAAGGACUCCACCACUUGGAGAAAACAGCAGUCGGCAUCCAGAGAAAAAGAGAAGGGACCCAACUUCAGCGUUCUCUAAAUAGGCCUGGGCCAAUUUUGGCCCUCCCUCCACGUGUUUUGGACUUCUCCAUCUCCAACUUCACUUUCUCAGCCAAUUCCCCGUCUCGGUCUUGGCUUUUUCCUCAUUGAUCUUGAUCUUCAGCUCUUCACCAUUUGCUUCUCUUUCUCCAUCUGCAACUUCACUUUCUCAGCCAAUUCCCCGUCUCGGUCUUGGCUUUUUCCUCAUUGAUCUUGAUCUUCAGCUCUUCACCAUUUGCUUCUCUUUCUCCAUCUGCAACUUCACUUUCUCAGCCAAUUCCCCGUCUCGGUCUUGGCUUUUUCCUCAUUGAUCUUGAUCUUCAGCUCUUCACCAUUUGCUUCUCUUUCUCCAUCUGCAACUUCACUUUCUCAGCCAAUUCCCCGUCUCGGUCUUGGCUUUUUCCUCAUUGAUCUUGAUCUUCAGCUCUUCACCAUUUGCUUCUCUUUCUCCAUCUGCAACUUCACUUUCUCAGCCAAUUCCCCAUCUCGGUCUUGGCUUUUUCCUCAUUGAUCUUGAUCUUCAGCUCUUCACCAUUUGCUUCUCUUUCUCCUUUAGAUCCAAAACGCAUCCUAGAACAUGUCCCUUCACAAACACAACUGUCUGUCUAUUGCCAGCCUGCUUCUGUUGACAUCCUUCAUGAUGGAGAUCUUCCUUCUUUCCACAAACCGGCGGCCUAUUUCGACUUGGUCUUUUCUCUCCCAGAAAAUAGCUUUUCAGCAUUAUUAUAACAAAUAAUAGCAUUGCCUUGAUGUGUUUUGUGUUUUCCUCCAUCCUCUGAAGUCACGCCGCUGCUCUUGUGUUCUACGUCUUGGAUGGCUAAGCCUGGAAAUGGGCAUGCUGUCUUAAAGGAAUCAAAUAUCUUUUUAAAGCAGGAAGAGUUAUAAAUCCAAAUAUAUUCGGCCCACAAGAGGUUCUGCAAAAUGAGAUCUGUGAAAAUGGGAUCGAGUUGGGUUGCAAACCAGUUGUGACAGCCUUCAAAUGAAAUUCAGAAAAAAGGGCAAUGCAAAAAAUGAAUGCAAAUCUGCUCCUUGCUGGGUGGAUGAUGUGUUUGACAGCAAAGCUUGAUUUUAUUUUAGGAUAUUUAAUUUUUGGGUGGUUUAAUGUGCCUGCUUUGUUGUCCUAGAGGUUCGAUUCUGAUAUUGUUGGUAACUUCUUCUGAGUCAUCUCUAGAAAUCUGGAAUUUUUUAAAAUAAAGAGGAAACUUUGUCAGUA